AUGCCGCCCCCUGAUCACAAGGCUGUUAGCCACUUCAUCGGCGGGAACCCGCUCGAAACGGCCCCGGCCGGUGCUGUCACCGACUUCAUCCGCAAGCAGGGUGGUCAUAGUGUCAUCACAAAGGUCCUCAUUUGCAACAACGGUAUCGCCGCCGUCAAGGAGAUCCGCUCCAUUCGAAAAUGGGCUUACGAGACCUUCGGAAACGAGCGAGCCAUCGAGUUCGUUGUGAUGGCCACCCCUGAGGAUCUCAAGGUCAACGCCGAUUACAUUCGCAUGGCCGACCAGUACGUCGAGGUGCCCGGCGGAUCCAAUAACAACAACUAUGCCAACGUCGAUCUCAUUGUCGAUGUCGCAGAGCGCGCCGGUGUUCACGCCGUCUGGGCUGGUUGGGGUCACGCUUCCGAGAACCCUCGUCUCCCCGAAUCGCUGGCCGCUUCCAAGCACAAGAUCAUCUUCAUUGGACCUCCUGGUUCCGCCAUGCGCUCGCUCGGUGACAAGAUCUCGUCCACGAUCGUUGCCCAGCACGCCGACGUGCCAUGCAUGCCCUGGUCGGGUACCGGCAUCAAGGAGACCAUCAUGAGCGAGCAGGGAUUCCUGACUGUCUCGGACGAUGUCUACCAGAAGGCCUGCAUCCACACCGCUGAGGAGGGUCUUGAGAAAGCCGAAAAGAUCGGCUACCCCGUCAUGAUCAAGGCCUCCGAGGGUGGUGGAGGAAAGGGUAUCCGAAAGUGCACCAACGGCGAGGACUUCAAGCAGCUCUACAACGCCGUUCUCGGUGAGGUGCCUGGAUCGCCCGUCUUUGUCAUGAAGCUUGCCGGCCAAGCUCGCCAUCUCGAGGUCCAGCUGCUUGCCGAUCAGUACGGAAACGCCAUCAGCAUCUUCGGUCGUGACUGCUCCGUACAGCGUCGUCAUCAGAAGAUCAUCGAGGAGGCUCCUGUCACCAUCGCUCCCGAGGAUGCCAGGGAGUCCAUGGAGAAGGCCGCCGUGCGUCUCGCCAAGCUCGUCGGCUACGUCUCUGCCGGUACCGUCGAGUGGCUCUACUCUCCAGACUCGGGUGAGUUUGCCUUCCUCGAGCUCAACCCUCGUCUCCAGGUCGAGCAUCCCACUACCGAGAUGGUCUCUGGUGUCAACAUUCCCGCCGCCCAGCUUCAGGUCGCUAUGGGUAUCCCUCUGUACUCGAUUCGCGACAUCCGAACCCUCUACGGCAUGGACCCUCGCGGAAACGAGGUCAUCGACUUUGACUUUGCCAGCCCCGAGUCGUUCAAGACCCAGCGCAAGCCCCAGCCGCAGGGUCACGUCGUCGCCUGCCGUAUUACCGCCGAGAACCCGGACACUGGUUUCAAGCCCGGCAUGGGUGCUUUGACCGAACUCAACUUCCGUUCGAGCACUUCCACUUGGGGUUACUUCUCCGUCGGUACCAGCGGUGCCCUCCACGAGUACGCCGACUCGCAAUUCGGUCACAUCUUCGCCUACGGUGCCGACCGAUCCGAAGCCCGAAAGCAGAUGGUCAUCUCGCUCAAGGAGCUGUCCAUUCGCGGUGACUUCCGAACCACCGUUGAGUACCUCAUCAAGCUGCUCGAGACCGACGCUUUCGAGUCCAACAAGAUCACCACCGGCUGGCUGGACGGUCUCAUCCAGGACCGCCUCACCGCCGAGCGACCUCCUGCGGAUCUCGCCGUCAUCUGCGGUGCUGCCGUCAAGGCGCAUCUCCUUGCCCGCGAGUGCGAGGAUGAGUACAAGCGCAUCUUGAACAAGGGUCAGGUUCCUCCUCGUGACACCAUCAAGACUGUCUUCUCCAUCGACUUCAUCUACGAGAACGUCAAGUACAACUUCACGGCUACCCGCAGCUCUGUCUCCGGCUGGGUGCUCUACCUCAACGGUGGACGUACGCUGGUUCAGCUGCGACCCCUGACGGACGGUGGUCUGCUCAUCGGCCUGACCGGGAAGUCGCACCCCGUCUACUGGCGCGAGGAGGUCGGCAUGACCCGCCUCAUGGUCGACUCCAAGACCUGCCUCAUCGAGCAGGAGAACGACCCCACUCAGAUUCGCUCGCCCUCGCCCGGUAAGCUCGUCCGCUUCCUCGUCGAGUCCGGUGACCACGUCAAGGCUGGCCAGGCCAUCGCCGAAAUCGAGGUCAUGAAGAUGUACCUCCCCCUCGUCGCCGCCGAGGAUGGUGUCGUCUCGUUCGUCAAGACGGCCGGUGUCGCUCUCAGCCCUGGAGACAUCAUCGGAAUUCUCUCGCUCGACGACCCCAGCCGUGUGCAGCACGCCAAGCCCUUCGCUGGUCAGCUCCCCGACUUUGGCCUGCCCAUCAUCAUCGGCAGCAAGCCUCACCAGCGCUACAGCUACCUCGUCGAGGUCAUCAACGACAUCCUCGAUGGUUACGACCAGAGCUUCCGCAUGCAGGCUGUCAUCAAGGAGCUCAUGGAAACGCUCCGCAACCCUGAGCUUCCCUAUGGCCAAGCCUCCCAGAUCCUCUCCAGCUUGGGCGGCCGUAUCCCCGCCAGGCUCGAGGACGUGGUCCGCAACACGAUCGAGAUGGGCCACUCGAAGAACGUCGAGUUUCCCGCUGCUCGUCUCCGCAAGCUCACCGAGAACUUCCUGCGUGACAGCGUCGACCCUGCCAUCCGCGGUCAGGUGCAGAUCACCAUCGCCCCUCUUUACCAGCUCUUCGAGGCCUACGCGGGCGGCCUCAAGGCUCACGAGGGCAACGUGCUCGCUUCGUUCCUGCAGAAGUACUACGACAUCGAGUCCAAGUUCACCGGAGAAGCCGAUGUCGUGCUCGAGCUGCGUUUGCAGGCUGACGGCGAUCUCGACAAGGUCGUCGCCCUGCAGACCUCGCGCAACGGUCUCAACCGCAAGAACGCCCUGCUGCUCACCUUGCUCGACAAGCAUAUCAAGGGCACUUCGCUCGUCUCGCGUACCAGCGGUGCUCAGAUGAUCGAGGCAUUGCGCAAGCUUGCCUCGCUCCAGGGCAAGUCGACCGCUCCUGUCGCCCUCAAGGCCCGUGAGGUCUCGCUCGACGCCGACAUGCCCAGUCUUGCUGAUCGCUCUGCUCAGAUGCAGGCCAUUCUUCGCGGAUCCGUCACCUCGUCCAAGUACGGUGGUGACGACGAGUACCACGCCCCUUCGCUCGAGGUGCUUCGGGAGCUCAGCGACUCGCAGUACAGCGUGUACGAUGUGCUGCACAGCUUCUUCGGCCACCGCGAGCACCACGUCGCUUUCGCCGCGCUGUGCACCUACGUCGUCCGCGCCUACCGCGCUUACGAGAUCGUCAACUUUGACUACGCCAUCGAGGACUUUGACGUUGAAGAGCGUGCCGUGCUCACCUGGCAAUUCCAGCUGCCGCGAAGCGCUUCGUCGCUCAAGGAGCGGGAGCGUCAAGUGUCCAUCAGCGACUUGAGCAUGAUGAACUCAACCAGGAAGACCGUCGCCCCUGCCGAGCUUCGCACCGGUGCCAUGACCAGCUGCGUCGAUGUCUCUGACAUUCCUGAUCUCCUUCCCAAGGUGCUCAAGUUCUUCAAGUCGUCUGGCGGAUCGCCCAUCAAUGUCCUCAACGUCGCUGUGGUCGACCAGGCCGACUUUGUCGAUGCCGAGGUGCGAAGCAAGCUCGCCCAGUACACCAACGCCUGCAGCAAGCAGUUUGCCGCUGCUCGUAUCCGCCGUGUCACCUACCUUCUCUGCCAGCCCGGCAUGUAUCCCUUCUUCGCUACCUUCCGUCCCAGCGAACACGGCAUUUGGACCGAAGAGAAGGCCAUCCGAAACAUCGAGCCCGCCUUGGCCUACCAGCUGGAGCUCGACAGGGUCAGCAAGAACUUCGAGCUCACUCCCGUGCCGGUCUCGUCCUCGACGAUCCACCUGUACUUUGCUCGUGGUAUCCAGAACUCCGCCGAUACUCGAUUCUUCGUCCGAUCGCUGGUCCGUCCCGGCCGCGUUCAGGGCGACAUGGCGGCCUACCUCGUCUCGGAGUCGGACCGUAUCGUCAAUGACAUUCUCAACGUCAUCGAGGUCGCUCUUGGUCAGCCCGAGUACCGCACUGCCGACGCCUCGCACAUUUUCAUGUCGUUCAUCUACCAGCUCGACGUCAGCCUCGAGGAUGUUCAGAAGGCCAUCGCCGGCUUCCUUGAGCGUCACGGUACCCGCUUCUUCCGUCUCCGCAUCACCGGUGCUGAGAUCCGAAUGAUCCUCAGCGGUCCCAACGGCGAGGCUCGCCCCAUCCGAGCUUUCGUUCACAACGAGACCGGUCUCGUGGUCCGAUACGAGACCUACGAGGAGAACGCUGCCGACGACGGAUCUGUUGUCCUGCGCGCCAUCGAGCCCCAGGGCAAGGAGGCUUCCCUCAACGGCCAAAGCGCCCACUUCCCCUACACUACCAAGGUUGCUCUGCAGUCGCGCCGAUCGCGAGCCCACGCUCUCCAGACCACGUUCGUCUACGACUUCAUCGACGUUCUUGGUCAGGCUGUUCGCGCCUCGUGGAGGAAGGUGGCUGCCAGCAAGACCCCUUCUGAGGUGAUCAAGUCGGCUGUCGAGCUCGUCUUCGACGAACAGGAGAACCUGCGCGAGCUCAAGCGUGCUCCUGGCAUGAACAAUAUUGGCAUGGUUGCUUGGCUCGUCGAGGUGGCUACGCCCGAGUUCCCUGCAGGGCGCAAGCUUGUGGUCGUCGGAAACGAUGUCACCAUCCAGGCUGGUUCGUUCGGCCCCGUCGAGGAUCGCUUCUUCGCCGCGGCCUCCAAGCUCGCCCGUGAGCUCGGUGUGCCCCGUCUGUACAUCUCUGCCAACUCUGGUGCCCGUAUCGGCCUGGCAACCGAGGCUCUUGACCUCUUCAAGGUCAAGUUUGUCGGCGACGACCCUGCCAAGGGUUUCGAGUACCUGUACCUUGACGAUGACUCGCUUCACGUGCUUCAGACCAAGGCACCCAACAGUGUCAUGACCAAGCCUCUGAAGGCCGCCGACGGCAGCAAUCACAACGUCAUCACCGACGUCAUUGGCAAGCCUCAGGAGGGUCUCGGUGUCGAGUGUCUCUCGGGCAGUGGUCUCAUCGCCGGCGAGACGAGCCGAGCCAAGGACCAGAUCUUCACCGCCACCAUUGUCACGGGACGAAGUGUCGGUAUUGGUGCCUACCUUGCUCGUCUUGGUGAGCGUGUGAUCCAGGUCGAGGGUUCGCCUUUGAUCCUCACCGGCUACCAGGCGCUCAACAAGCUGCUCGGACGCGAGGUCUACACCUCGAACCUGCAGCUCGGUGGUCCUCAGAUCAUGUACAAGAACGGUGUUUCCCACCUCACUGCUCAGGACGACCUUGAUGCCGUCAAGGCCUUUGUCAACUGGAUGUCGUACGUCCCUGCCCAGCGUGGCGGUCCUCUGCCCAUCAUGCCCACCACCGACACCUGGGACCGAGCCGUCACGUACCAGCCUCCUCGUGGUCCUUACGACCCGCGAUGGCUCAUCAACGGCACCAGGGACGAGAGUGGCGCCAAGCUCACUGGCCUGUUCGACGACGGCUCCUUCGUCGAGACACUCGGCGGCUGGGCCACUUCCGUUGUCACUGGUCGUGCUCGUCUUGGCGGUAUUCCUGUCGGUGUCAUCGCGGUCGAGACCCGAACACUCGAACGCGUCGUGCCCGCCGAUCCAGCCAACCCCAGCUCGACCGAGCAGCGCAUCAUGGAAGCCGGUCAGGUGUGGUACCCCAACUCGGCGUACAAGACUGCUCAGGCAAUCUGGGACUUUGACAAGGAGGGUCUCCCUCUUGUCAUCCUUGCCAACUGGCGAGGUUUCUCGGGUGGUCAGCAGGACAUGUACGACGAGAUCCUCAAGCAGGGCUCCAAGAUUGUCGACGGUCUCUCGGCGUACAAGCAGCCCGUGUUCGUCCACAUCCCACCCAUGGGUGAGCUGCGUGGUGGUUCGUGGGUCGUUGUGGACUCUGCGAUCAACGACAACGGUAUGAUCGAGAUGUCGGCCGAUGUCAACAGCGCACGAGGUGGUGUGCUCGAGGCUUCGGGUCUGGUCGAAAUCAAGUACCGUGCUGACAAGCAGCGCGCUACGAUGCAGCGUCUCGACAGCGUCUACGCCAAGCUGAGCAAGGAAGCUGCCGAGGCGACCGACUUCACUGCCCAGACGGCAGCUCGCAAGGCGCUGGCGGAGCGCGAGAAGCAGCUCAGCCCUAUCUUCACAGCCAUCGCAACCGAAUACGCCGAUGCACACGACCGAGCAGGACGCAUGCUUGCCACUGGUGUGCUGCGAUCUGCAUUGCCAUGGGAGAACGCACGUCGAUACUUCUACUGGCGACUCAGGAGAAGGCUCACGGAGGUGGCUGCCGAACGCACCAUCUCGGAAGCCAACCCGCUGCUCAAGCACGUCGAGCGCGUGGCUGCCCUGCGGCAAUUCACCGGCGCAGCUGCUUCGGACGACGACAAGGCGGUUGCCGAGCACAUGGAGGCGUCGGCGGCACAGCUGCUUGCCGCGACCAAGCAGCUUAAGGCCCAGUACAUCUUGGCUCAGAUCUCGACAUUGGAUCCUGAGCUCCGGGCUCAGCUGGCUGCUUCAUUGAAGUAA